AUGUCAUCUUAUUGGAGGAACAUGGUGGGUUACUGUGUGAAUAGAGAAAUCUUGGAUGAAGAGAGACUGGAGCAGCUGUCUCAAAGAUUAGACCCCUCGCAAAAUCAUAUACCUUUCUCCCAUCGCAUCAAAAACUCGCUCAGGUGUUCAAUUCCUAGACUGAAACGUAGACUAGUAGAGUGUUUGCCUGUGCUGUACUGGUUACCUCGUUAUUCUAUUCGGGACUAUGGCAUGCCCGACCUUGUCUCUGGUAUCAGUGUGGGUAUCAUGCACCUCCCGCAAGGAAUGGCCUAUGCAUUGUUGGCCUCUUUGCCGCCAGUGUUUGGAUUGUACAGCUCUUUUUAUCCUGUGCUUAUUUAUUUUUUCUUUGGGUCUUCCAGACACAUUUCCAUUGGGACAUUUACAAUUCUCAGUAUUAUGGUGGGGAGUGUUACAGAAAGACUUGCCCCUGAUGAAAACUUUCUCAUCAUUAAUGGCACUAAUGUGACAGAAGAAGUAGACAUUACUGCUAGAGAUCUUUACAGAGUACAAGUUGCUGCUGCCACUACUGUACUGGGAGGAUUAAUUCAGGUGAUUCUAGGUUUGGUGCAGUUUGGGUUUGUGGGUACAUAUCUCUCAGAGCCGUUAGUGAGAGCAUAUACUUCAGCAGCUGCUGCUCAUGCAGUAGUAGCUCAAUUAAAGUACUUUUUCAAAGUGUCUCCAACAAGAUUCAUUGGGUCGCUCUCUCUGGUGUAUACUCUGGUGGAUGUUUGUAAGUUGCUGCCCAAUACUCAUCUGCCCACUCUGGUGGUUAGUGUUGUGUCCAUCGUUAUCCUCAUCACUGCCAAAGAACUGAACAACCGAUUCAGAAAGAAACUGCCAGUGCCCAUACCAGUGGAACUUCUUGUUAUUGUGAUGGGUACACUGAUAUCUUUCUACACUCAUCAGAAUGAAACCUAUGACAUUUCAGUAGUGGGAGAGAUUCCCAGUGGGCUCCAGUCCCCUACUUUGCCAAACACAAGCAUUUUUUCUGAGGUGGUGGUGGACGCCUUUGCCUUGGCCGUUGUGGGCUAUGCCAUAUCUGUCUCUUUAGGAAAAACAUUUGCACUCAAGCAUGGCUACAAAGUAAACAGCAAUCAGGAGUUGGUGGCUCUGGGGCUCAGUAAUACAGUUGGAGGUUUUUUUCAGUGUUACUCGGUCUGUGCCUCCAUGUCUCGCAGUCUCGUACAGGAAACCACUGGAGGCAAAACACAGAUGACAGGUGUGGUGUCAGCUAUGAUAGUUCUGGUGACAGUGCUGAAGUUAGGCCCACUGUUUCAAGAGUUGCCCAAGUCAGUGCUUGCUGCUAUAGUCUUUGUGAAUCUAAAAGGCAUGUUCAAGCAGUAUGCUGAUGUUGUCAAACUGUGGCGAAGCAGCAAGAUUGAUCUGCUGGUGUGGUUGGUCACAUGGGUGUCCACAGUCCUUUUUAAUAUGGAUAUGGGUCUAGCUGCCUCUAUUGGCUUUGCCCUGCUUACUGUUAUCUUCAGAACACAGAAACCAAGAUAUUCUGUCCUAGGCCAUCUUCCUGGUACUGAACUCUAUUUGGACAUGGAGACACACAAUCAGGUAAGGGAGGUGCCAGGCAUCACCAUAUUUCGCUCCUCAGCCACCAUAUACUUUGCAAAUGCUGAACUUUACCUGGAAGCACUUAAACAGAAGAGUGGCUUGGACAUCACUAAGAUGAUCACGUAUAAGCGCAGACAGGAGGCCAAGCAGAGAAGAAGAGAGAGAAGAGCAGCAAGGAGGGCUAAGAGAGAAGCCAAACAACAGAAACAAGCUCUUAGAGUGGCGUCUCAGCGAGCCAAACACUGUGUGUUCUCAGUUGAAGAACAGGCAGGACAGUUGAGAGAAAGUAUAAGAGACAAAGUUCAAGAAGAAGAAUGGAGGGAACGAGAAAACGGUACAGUGUUUGUCAUGCCCGAGACCCCACGCAACAGCUGGGUGUACCUAAAAGGCAUAGAUCCCGAAACCAGCACGCUGGGUUCCAUGUCCGAUCUGCAGGACGGGGACAUCACAACACUGGAAUCCAGUAGUGAGGACACACUAAGCAGAGAUCUGGAAAGAGUUUCAUUAGGCUCACUGGGAAAAUGGACCUGGGAUAUUCACUCCAUCAUCUUAGAUCUUUCUCCAAAUAAUUUCAUUGACACUGUGGCCAUCAAAACACUGAAAAAUAUAUUCCAUGAUUUUGGAGAGAUUGAUGUUUACAUCUACAUGACCGGCUGUCAGCCUUCAGUGGUGGAGCAGCUGGAACAAGGUGGCUUUUUUGCUGAUAUCUCCAAAGAACGUCUCUUCCCUACAGUGCAUGAUGCAGUACUCUACUGCCUUAAACACCACGGUGCUGCAACUCUGCCGAGCUGCGAAAAAUCUGUGGAUAUGAGCGGCACCAGACUAUGA